AUGUUGGGUGCUUGUGUGUUUGUGGCGCUGCUGGUGAUAACUACAGCUGAGAAAGUGGCAAAAUUCAAGCUGAACGAUGGAAGGGACAUGCCCGCAUUAGCUCUAGGCACGUAUCUUGGAUUCAACCAGAACGGGGUGAUAAAAUCUGAGAACAAGCAACUUCGUGAUGCUGUCCUGAAUGCUAUAGAUCUGGGUUACCGCCAUUUCGACACGGCCUCCAUCUACGACACGGAAGAGGAAAUUGGAGAAGCCAUCAAAAUGAAGAUUGAUAGUGGCGAUGUGAAGAGAAGCGAUAUAUUCUUGACUACGAAGUUAUGGAAUACGCGCCACAGGAGAGAUCAGGUGUUGCCAGCUCUAAAAGACUCCCUCACCAAGCUUGGAAUGGAUUACGUCGAUCUUUACUUGAUGCACUGGCCUAUUGGUCUGAAUGAAGAUUACUCGCACUCCGACGUAGAUUUCAUGGAGACUUGGCGCGGUCUCGAAGAUGCGAUGAAGCAAGGUCUGACUAAAGCCAUCGGCGUUUCCAACUUCAACGAGGAGCAGCUAAAACGGAUGCUGGAAGAGGCGACGGUGAAGCCAGCGGCUUUACAGAUAGAGAUUCAUCCUCAAAUAGUCCAAAAAGACCUUGUAGACUUCGCUCAAGAGAACGGCAUUGUAGUCAUGGCUUACAGCCCAUUCGGUUCUCUGGUCUCCAGGUUCGGUAUGCAGAUGCCUGGACCAAAGAUGGACGAUCCUGUGCUUACAGAGAUCGCGAACAAAUACAAGAAGACAACCCUCCAAGUCGUAUUGAGGUGGUUGGUGGACAGAAAAAUUGUGCCGAUAGCGAAAAGUUUGCACGCGAAACGCCAAGCGGAGAACAUCAACAUCUUCGAUUUCAGCCUGAGCGAAGACGAGAUACGGAAAAUAAACGAAUUCGACAGCCAUACAAGGUUCACUUUGCCGUCGUUUUGGCAGACUCAUCCCUACUAUCCGUUCGACAAAAUAGACACUCCCAUAGCUGAUCCGUUCGUGAAGUCAAAUAUGUAG